UCAAAACCAUGAAGGAAGACCUGAAAAUGAACACGGCUGUUAAUGACGGCAUGAAACCCACCGACCUGUGCAAAGAGAAAACAAGAAUUAAGAUGAAAAACUUGAGAAACAGAAUUGGACUCUUCUUGAAGAUACACAUCCCUCAUUCCAUGCAUAACAAAUCGCACAGGCCAACCGCAGACGAUGUGAGCCAGUGGGCGCAGUCGCUAGACAAACUACUCGGUCAUAAAUAUGGGAAAGCGGCUUUUUGCAUCUUCAUGAAGACCGAGUUCUGCGAGGAGAAUAUCGAGUUUUGGACGGCGUGCGAAGACUUCAGGAUGCUCUCGUCACACCAAGAGUUGACGUCCAAAGCCAACAGCAUUUACGAGGAAUUCAUCAAAAACGAAGCCCCCAAAGAGGUCAACCUUGACUUUUCCACCAAAACCAAAAUCAUCCAGAGUCUGCCUGAGCCGAACGCAACCAGCUUUUUGGCAGCUCAGAGAAAAAUCUACAGCCUGAUGGAGAACAACUCCUACCCGAGGUUCAUUCUGUCUGACCUCUACCAAGAACUGUGUGCAGCUGCAAAGAGAAGACACAACUCCUGAUUAAUUGACUAUGUGAAUCCCUUCCCAGGGACCCGAAAACUGAGCAUAAACAAUCACAACAACUUAAGGGGCCUUGAAGGACUUUCGACCGUGGAUUUUUAAACGGUCUUUCAUUUCUGCCCGAUGGGAUUUAAAGUGAUAUUUUCCUGGCUGGUCCAUUGAAAUGUAUCAUCAUACUGUGAUCAAAGCACCAGUAUGCGCUGAUGUCAAAGCAAAGUAUGGUGUCUUACUAAAGUCUUCAGAGUCUGAAGCACCAGUGAAGUCAGAAUGCACUUUGACGAUACAAGACCGUUAUACGUUUUUUUGUUGUCUGGUAUUGUAUGGAAAUGUAUGUGUUUUUUCUAUGCAGGAAUGUUUGUGAUUAUUCCUGCAAGAAAAUGUCCGUUCAUCGUGAAAAUCCCCCUUUGUGAAGCCAUUAUUAUUACCAGUCUGGCAUAACAAUAAUCAUCAUAAUGAAUUGGAUUUACAUGGCAUUAUUUCAUUUUCAGAGCAUUUUACAGUGAAAAACGCUAUUAAUUAGUCACACAUUGCUGGCUUUAAAUUAAUUAAUUCAAAAAUAAGAUGUUUUAAGUUUGAGCAACAGUUAGUAGAGAGCCUAGCUUUGUAUCCCAAAGUUAGCGGUCGGUAUUGGUUUCCACAGAGUUUGAUGACUGUUAGUAGAAAAUGCAUUGGUUGUUUUAUGUCAAUUUUGUUCCGUUGAAGUCUAUUUGUUUGGACAAGUUUAAAAUUGCUAAUUGUCAUUAGCCUGUCAAUAGGCUGGUCCGUUAUAUGUUAGCAUUGAGCUAGUGGCAUCAGAGCCAACCUUUUUCCAGUAUGGUUGCAAACUGUAUCGUUGAUUUGACAUGAUUCUAACAUGUAUGUGCACUUUAUAUGUAUGUUAAUGUGAAUUCCUUAGUGUGAGUAAUGUUAUUAUAAUUUCAAUAAGCAACCGGAAGUUGUUUUUUAAGUGUCUAAUUUAAAGGAACGUUUUUUUUUUUUUUUUGUCAUAUCUGCCAAACAUUCACGAAGGGCAGAAUAUAUUAUGUAAAUAAAUGAUAUGUAAAUAAACCUGGAGUGUACUGAGUACAGUGUGUGUUACACUA